CGGUGCCUAAAAGGCCGGAGUAUAGACUGCAGGAAGGGAGCCAUCAUCCCGUCCUUCAGUGCUGCUGACGCUCUUUCUCCCUCUCGCCGCUGUCCUCGGGUCGUUCUGUCCAAGAUGCGCGAAAUUGUGCAUUUGCAGGCCGGUCAGUGCGGAAACCAGAUCGGAGCCAAGUUCUGGGAGGUGAUCAGCGAUGAGCACGGCAUCGAUCCCACUGGUACUUACCACGGAGACAGUGAUCUGCAGCUAGACAGGAUCAGUGUCUACUACAAUGAGGCCACAGGUGGGAAAUAUGUGCCCCGAGCCAUUCUGGUUGAUCUGGAGCCUGGUACGAUGGAUUCCGUCAGGUCCGGCCCUUUUGGACAGAUUUUCAGGCCUGACAACUUUGUCUUUGGCCAGAGCGGAGCUGGUAACAACUGGGCUAAAGGACACUAUACAGAAGGAGCUGAGCUGGUGGAUUCUGUCCUGGAUGUAGUGAGGAAAGAGGCUGAGAGCUGUGAUUGCCUUCAGGGUUUCCAGCUUACUCACUCUCUGGGCGGUGGCACCGGCUCUGGCAUGGGCACCCUGCUCAUCAGCAAAAUCCGCGAAGAAUACCCUGACCGUAUCAUGAACACCUUCAGUGUGGUUCCAUCUCCUAAAGUGUCUGACACUGUGGUGGAACCCUAUAAUGCCACACUCUCUGUCCACCAGCUGGUAGAGAACACAGAUGAAACCUACUGCAUUGACAAUGAAGCCCUCUAUGAUAUCUGCUUCCGUACACUAAAACUCACCACACCCACCUACGGAGACCUCAACCACUUGGUGUCUGCCACCAUGAGUGGUGUGACCACCUGCCUGCGUUUUCCUGGGCAGCUCAACGCUGAUCUUCGUAAAUUAGCCGUCAACAUGGUGCCCUUCCCCCGUCUCCACUUCUUCAUGCCUGGCUUUGCACCCUUGACCAGCAGGGGCAGCCAGCAGUAUCGCUCCCUGUCCGUGCCCGAGCUCACACAGCAGAUGUUCGACGCCAAGAACAUGAUGGCUGCCUGCGACCCACGUCAUGGCCGCUACCUCACCGUGGCUGCCGUGUUCAGAGGCCGCAUGUCCAUGAAGGAGGUGGAUGAGCAGAUGCUGAACGUGCAGAACAAGAACAGCAGCUACUUUGUUGAAUGGAUCCCCAACAAUGUGAAGACAGCUGUCUGUGACAUUCCACCCCGUGGCCUCAAAAUGGCCGCGACAUUCAUUGGUAACAGCACUGCUAUCCAGGAGCUGUUUAAGCGUAUCUCCGAGCAGUUCACUGCCAUGUUCCGUCGUAAGGCUUUCCUUCACUGGUACACCGGUGAGGGCAUGGAUGAGAUGGAGUUCACAGAGGCUGAGAGUAACAUGAACGACCUGGUGUCCGAGUACCAGCAGUACCAGGAUGCCACCGCUGAGGAGGGCGAGUUCGAAGAAGAGGGAGAAGAGGAGGUCGCCUAAAUCCUCUGCCAGCUGUUCUGCCAAACAUCAUUUCACCCCAUCCUCACAAGACACUCCCUGCCCUCCGCCCUUUUCAUUUCCACCCACAGUAAAAACCUGUCGCCAUAUAGUUUGCUGAUGCUCUAGUGUUAGACAGUGUGGUAACUGAUGCUAGUUAAGUUCUUGGUUAAACAGUUUUCUGUGUUGUAACUGCACUGAAUCUUUUACAUGCUUACAUCUACUCUGCCAUUGCCUUGCCAGUCUGAAAAGCAAAUGUAACUGUGAAGCCUUGAAAUUGAGUUAUGAUUAAAAAAUUUAACUGAAGGCCAAAUAAA